CUGCCGGAAAUACUGCAGACGAAGAAGAAGAAUUCAGACAGACUUCUAUGAGGCAGCUUUUCUGUCAACACCGGGAAAACGAUCUCAGUCCGUGUCAGCAGGGAUGGUUCUAGUCCUUGCUCCCCACCUCCUCCAGCAUCACCUCCUCACGCCCUCCCUUCUCCUCGUCAACCCCCUCCUAUUCCUCCCUCCUCACCCCUGUCAGCCCUGACCGCUCCUCCUCGACAAGGAAGGCUUAGUUUUGUGGGCGCCAUGGUGGACGUCAGUAAGUGGCCUCUGUUCUCUCUGCUGAGCGCUGAGGAACUGGCCACAAUCCGACAGGCCUGUGUUUUUGGGACGUCCGCUAAUGAAGCCAUCUACAUUACACAUGCCAGUGAGGUAUUUGGGUUUGGAUUGAACAGCAGUAGCUGCCUCGGUACAGGAGACAGUCUGAGCACCAUUGUGCCGAAGAAACUGGACAUUUUGCGGGGGAAGAAGGUAGUGAGCCUGAGCUAUGGAAGUGGGCCUCAUGUCCUGUUGGCUACAGAGGAUGGACAGUUGUAUGCUUGGGGACACAAUGGCUACAGUCAGCUGGGGAAUGGGACGACCAACCAGGGACUGUCCCCGCUGCUGGUGAACACCAGCCCACAGAACAAGAGGGUGAAAGAAGUGGCGUGUGGCUCGCACCACUCCAUGGCUCUGACUCAGGAUGGAGAGGUCUUUGCAUGGGGUUACAAUAACUGUGGCCAGAUUGGCUCAGGCUCCACAGCCAACCAGCCCUACCCCAGGAAGGUGACUGGGUGCCUGCAGAGCAAGACUGUGGUGGGAAUCACAUGUGGACAGACCUCCUCGAUGGCUCUGAUCGACAAUGGAGAGGUUUAUGGCUGGGGCUACAACGGUAACGGGCAGCUUGGUAUAGGAAACAAUGGAAACCAGCUGACACCCUGCCGCCUUGCUGCACUCCAAGGGCUGUGUAUUCAACAGAUCGUAGCGGGCUACAGUCACUGCCUGGCUCUGACAGAUGAAGGGCUGCUGUACGCCUGGGGAGCAAACACCUACGGUCAGCUGGGAACCGGCAACAAGAGCAACCACCUCAGCCCAGUGCAGAUCAUGGCUGACAAAGAGAGGAUUGUAGAGGUUGCAGCAUGCCAUUCAACACACACUUCAGCCGCCAAGACCCAAAGUGGGCAGGUGUACAUGUGGGGUCAGUGUCGAGGCCAAUCCAUCGUCAUGCCACACCUCACGCACUUCAUGAACACGGAUGAUGUCUUCGCAUGCUUCGCCACGCCAUCCGUCAUGUGGAGGCUCAUGUCUAUGGAACAUGAUGACUUCCUGACUGUUGCCGAGGCUCUGAGGAAAGAGUUUGACAGUCCAGAGACGGCUGACCUUAAAUUCAGCGUCGACGGCAAAUGCAUCCACGUUCACAAAGCUGUGCUGAAGAUCAGGUGUGAGCACUUCCGCUCCAUGUUUCGCUCCCAGUGGACGGAGGAUCAGCAGGAUGUGAUCGAGAUUGGCCAGUUCUCAUACCCCGUCUACAGAUCCUUUCUGCAGUUUCUCUACACAGACACUGUCGACCUGCCGCCUGAGGAUGCCAUCGGUCUGUUGGACCUGGCCACGUCUUACUGUGAAAACCGCCUGAAACGUCUGUGUCAGCAGAUCAUCAAGAGAGGAAUCACGGUAGAAAACGCCUUCACCCUGCUGUCUGCAGCCAUACGAUAUGAUGCAGAGGACCUCGAAGUGUUUUGUUUUCGGUUUUGUGUAAACCAUCUGACUCAGGUGACUCAGACUGGAGCCUUCUGGCAGGUGGACGGGGCGAUGCUCAAGGAGUUUAUCAGCAGAGCAAGCCGCUGCGGAGCCUUCAAGAACUGAGCGGGACUCUUACAAUUUAUAAAAUCUAUUUGGACCAAGUGGAUAUGCCUGUGUGACUCUGCUGCAAAAGCUUCAGGUUGGAUCACAUUCCUUAGAUAAAGCUUUAUGUUGAUUUACAUAGGCUGAGGCACUUGUUGGCAUAUUUGCAGCACAUGGACUUUUUUUUUAAGCAGCGUUAUCGGUGAUCGGAAGUUUGGCCAAUUCCUGUGGAAGUCAUUCGACAAAGUCAUGGCGCCUUUUUCUGUCACACUGCGUUGUAGUCUUUACAUGCUGAAUGUAUACUUGAAUUUUUGUUUCUUAUUUGAGCCAGUGCUGACAGGUUCUGACGGGUCCUCCUUUACUGCUGGAAAAGUUCAUAUGGGAGACCAGAAACCUGGAGGGAGUCGGAAACUAGUUUAGAUGUCUGAGUCUUUGGGGGCCUGAAAGAGAUUUUUAUUUGGAAAGCUUUGAUAACUGAGUUGCACUGGCCAGCACAUAAGUACCCUUGUACUUAAACACAUCUGUGAGUUAGAUCUGCUUUCCAUUUCUUUGUGUUCUGGCAAUAGAAGCUCCUGGAUGUGUUUAACCUCAUUGUUCUCUUAGCUGAUAUUCUGCACAUCAGUGAUACUCAACUUACAGCCCAUACACCAAAACUGGCACCUGAUAGGGUGCCGGGUGCCCCCCCCAACCAUUUUUUAAUUCACUACGAUAAUAAAGUGAUCACAGUAGGGAUUGUUUUUUUAGUGUUACAUCAGGUGCCAGAAUGCUUAAAACAGCAUCAAAAAAGAGUUUUUUUUAUCAAGAAAGG